CUGCUGUGACGUCACGGUAGGGGGGUUAGAGUUUCACUGUUGUUUGUUCCUAGUUUCGAGUGCUUGGGGCAUAUACUAAAGAUGGAGGUUGGAAACAAGAGGCUACGAGUUCUGCUGUGUCUGGGGAUCCUGUACAGCCUUGGAUUGGGUGUCUCUGCUACAGGAGGGGUGACUGCCUCGAACCCUGUGAUUGAAGCCAAAGAAGGAGAAGCUAGAGAUCUUCAAUGCACCUACAGCAAUAGUUUAACUGAUGCGCGUGUGGAGUGGAAAUUUGUGAAUAAUGACCAGGAAAUCAGCUUUGUCUUUUAUGAUGGGGCUCUUACAGCUGCCUACAAAAAUCGUGCUACUGCAUUCCAUCAAGGAAUCCGAUUAAAUGAUAUAACUAGAAAGGACAAUGGAGAGUAUACAUGUGAAGUGACCGCCAAAGAUUCCACUGGAUCACCUACUUAUGGAUUUGACAAAAUCCAACUGAUUGUAUUAGUCCCCCCGUCUGUACCAGUUGCACAGGUGCCCACCUCAGUAACAAACAAUAAAGUGGCACAGCUAAGCUGUUUUGAGAAGGAUAGCUCCCCUCCAGCAACAUAUACUUGGUACAAGAACAAAAUCCCUCUUCCUGAAAAUCCCAAGAGCAGCCCGGCCUUCCAGAACUCAAGCUACACUGUGGAUCCCAAGACAGGCGUACUGACAUUUGAAACAGUGCAGAAAAUUGAUGCUGGAGACUAUUACUGUGAAGCUACAAACUCUCAGGGAAAGCAAACCUCUGCAGCUGUGACUAUGAGUGUCGAUGAUGUAAACGUUGGUGGUAUUGUCGCUGCAGUAAUAGUUUCCAUUUUACUUUUGAUAGCGAUUGUGAUUGGCUUGUGGUUUGCUUACAGCAGAGGUUACUUCAACAGUACGUACAUGCAAGGCUUCUCUAUGGGAUUGACUAUGGGAUCUUUUUUUUAGAUUCUCUAUAGGAUU